AUGGGCAACAGUCUGGUAUUAACAUUUGUCACAGUGCUCUCGUUCCUCCUCUCACGAGCGAACGCCGCCAGAGCGUGUGGAAACGAGCCCAAACCCUCGACCUACCAGUGGCGUAUCAAUGCUGUGAGGUACGACGGUGCUGAUCCAAGCUCGGGCAGCGGGGAUGCCACGGUGGCAGUUAGCAUAAGCCCGAACAGCUCGACUCUUUUCGAGUGUGUCGCAGAAUGGCCGGAAGAGUGGGCAGGCUGGUAUGAGGGCGGCAGCAACAUUAUAUGGAGCGAUUGCAUCUGGACCGGUAAUGGGCCGAGAAACGACAACACGGUAUCUUUUGCCACAGACUGGAAGAAUAAGACUAUGUACCUGACACAUUCGUUUGACUGCUCGGAUAGAGAAGGAACCGACGCCCUUGCGACAGGUUUCACAACCCUAGAUAUGAACUGCACAGAAGCUGUAGAAGGCACCAGCCACUGUGUGUCAGUGAGCAAUGACGCUCGUCUCGCCAUUGUCACAGAACAAGAGCCGGCUCGCCUGGACGUUAGUUCGGCCUGCGCGGACAAUUCGAACAGGUACCAAUCAUGGGAGCUCGAGGAAUGGCACCGAAGAUACGAAAUGGCUCCUGAGUCUACCGUGCCGCCGCCAGAAGAAGAUACAGACCUAUCCUUUACGCUGAGAAACAUGGCCAACACGGACGUGUUCAACUGCACAAUUUCGGGGAAGCAACUUCAAAAUGCAACAUUGGACGGUGUGUGCGAGUCGACGGCAGGCGAGGCAAAUCCAACGACCGCGGCAAACUUCCGGUUUGACCCGGAACGGGAUAUGUUAACAAUCACCCAACAGUGGAACUGCAGCGACUUAUCUUCAUUUGAGACGGUUGGCAUUGGAUACGUCCAAGCAACGUGCGAUCGCAAAGACAACAUACUCACUUGUACCUCUGAUCCGAUCUGGAUCGGUACGAAGACGGUAUGA